AUGGGUGACCAGGCUGUGGCUCUAGGGCUGAGGUUGUUUCCAGUUCGCCAACUUGUGGACAAAUGUAAUCGGAUUCAUGAUUAUCUCCGGAUUUCCAUUACUGAAAACUGCAACCUAAAGUGCAAUUAUUGUCGACCAUCAACCGCAUCACCCCUAUGCACCAAGCAACAGUUCAUUUCUGCUGAACACAUCCUGUUCUUGGCUGCUUAUUUUGUCCGAAGAGGUGUUAGCAAAAUCCGUCUAACUGGAGGGGAACCGCUGAUGAGGAAAGACCUACCGGAAAUUAUUGAAUCCCUUAAUGGGUUAAGGAAAUAUAAUGGAACCUUGAAAAACAUAUCAAUGACAACCAAUGGUAUUGCCUUUGCUAAAAGGGCGAAGCAAUUCAAGGAGCUAGGGUUGGAUUCAGUAAAUAUCAGCUUGGACAGUUUAAAACCUGAGAGAGUGAAGCAGCUCACCGGAUCGCCUGUUUUGAAGCAUGCCUAUACUUCCAUUUAUAGUGCACUGGGAAGUGGAUAUAACCCUGUGAAACUCAACUGCGUUGUGAUUCGCGGCUUCAAUGAUGACGAAAUAUGCGACUUUGUGGGACUUACAAAGCAUUUGCCAAUCGAAUUACGUUUCAUUGAGUUUAUGCCAUUUGGGGGGAACAACUGGGAUACAGAGAAACUGGUCAGCUACAAGGAAAUGUUGAAUACCAUAAGGAAGGUUUACCCUGAUUUGUAUCCACUGCCAGUUCCUUUUUCGAAUACUGCAAAGCUCUACCGUGUAAACGAUUGGCCGGGUACUGUAGGUUUCAUCACCUCAAUGACGGAAAACUUUUGUUCAAAUUGCUCCCGCCUCCGUCUGACUGCCGACGGGCAUUUGAAAACGUGCCUUCAUGGAGAGGAAGAGGUUGAUUUGAUCAAGGUUAUCCAGCAGUACCCGUUAGAAGCAGCAGACUGGAAAGAUUCGGCUGUUUCGCUUUUUCAUUCACAAGUGCCGCAGACCAAGCUCGAAAUGGUUCUCGCCAGUCUAGACGAAAAGGUGGAUAUAGCGCUGGCCAGAAAGGCACCGGAGCAUGCAGGCAUGAAUCAGCUGGCCACCGGGAAGAACCGAUCCAUGAUACGCAUUGGUGGAUAGAGUGACAAGAAAGCAAAAAAGUCUAAUUGUUCAGAUACCACUGAAGUGUUAUUUAUUUAUUGGUAAAAUAAAAUGGUUUUCUG